AUGAGAGAACUCGACAGCGAGACAGAUAGCUGUUACACCAGUUACUGGAGAGACUGGUUUAUUUCUUCACGUGGCAACGAAUAUUUCUGCGAAAUCGACGAGGAUUACUUGACAGACCGAUUUAACCUCACUGGUCUUAAUACGGAAGUUCAGUACUACCAGUAUGCCCUAGACCUUAUCAUGGACGUAUUUGAGCUAGAUUGUGAUGAGGGCAUGCGAGAAGUGAUCGAAAAAUCUGCCAGGCACUUAUAUGGCUUAGUACAUGCGAGAUACAUAGUCACGACUCGGGGUUUGGCAAAAAUGCUCGACAAGUACAAAAAGGGAGAUUUCGGGAAGUGCCCUCGUGUCAUGUGCAAGGCACACCCUUUAUUACCUACGGGUCAAUCCGACAAUCCCAACGUCAAGGCGGUCAAACUUUAUUGCUCUAAGUGCGAGGAUCUUUACAAUCCAAAGUCUACCAGACAUUCCGUGAUUGAUGGCGCAUAUUUUGGCACAUCUUUUCACAACAUUAUUUUUCAGGUAUACCCAGCGUUAAUACCGGUCAAAAGCUACGAAAGGUAUACUCCACGUAUCUACGGGUUCAAAGUUCAUGCACCGGCAACAUUAAUUAGGUGGCAAAAUGGUCGCCGGAAUUCCAUGCGAAAGCGGCUACGAAAAUUAGGAAUUGAUAGCGGGUUCAAGGAUUCUGACGAAGACGAUGUUGAUGAAUCAGGAGAUGAAGAUGAAGAGGUAGAUAUGGACGCAAUGGAGCAUGGGGAAAUCUAA